GCAGGACCAUGUCCUCAUCCAGCAGCCUGGACUCCCUCCGCCCCUCUUCUGGGUCACUACCUGACAAGGUUCUCUGAACUUUGAGGACAGGGCGCCCUCUGCUGGACUCCUGCUUGCAGCAGGCCAUGGCUGAACCCGGCUACUCCGACCUGAUUUCCAAACACUACAACUACACCGGUAAGUUCCGCAAGACGGAGCAGGACUCAGGUCUGAAGGCUGACUCUGUGGUUUUCAUCAUCGUGUGCUGCUUCAUCAUCCUGGAGAACAUCCUGGUCCUAACAACUAUUUGGAGAACCAAGAAGUUCCACAAGCCCAUGUAUUACUUCAUUGGGAACCUGGCCCUGUCUGACCUGCUGGCAGGCGUCGUCUACACCGCCAACAUCCUGCUGUCAGGUGCCAACACCUACAAGCUGUCACCAACACAGUGGUUCUUCAGAGAGGGCAGCAUGUUUGUGGCACUGGCAGCGUCCGUCUUUAGCCUUCUGGCCAUCGCCAUUGAGCGCCACCUCACCAUGCUGAAGAUGAAGCUGCACAACAACGGUAACACCUGCCGUGUCUUCCUGCUUAUCAGCACCGUGUGGAUGAUUGCAGCGGUGUUGGGCGGCCUGCCUGUGAUGGGCUGGAACUGCAUCCAGAGCAUGAUGCAGUGCUCUACCGUGCUGCCGCUCUACCACAAGACCUACAUCCUGUUCUGCACCACUGUGUUCAGUAUCAUCCUCAUGGCCAUCGUGGUGCUCUACGCCCGAAUCUAUGCACUGGUGCGCACUCGCAGCCGCAAACUUGUGUUCCGCAAGGUGUCCAAUGGACGCAGCAAUGCAAACGCCAAUAGCAAGAGUUCAGAGAAGUCGCUGGCGCUGCUGAAGACCGUCAUCAUCGUCCUGAGCUGCUUCAUCGCCUGCUGGGCACCGCUCUUCAUCCUCCUGCUGCUGGACGUGGCCUGCGAGACGCUCAGUUGCCCCAUUCUCUACAAGGCUGAGUGGUUCCUGGCGCUUGCUGUCCUCAACUCUGCCAUGAACCCUCUCAUCUACACACUCACCAGCAACGAAAUGCGCCGUGCAUUCCUUAAAACGCUGCUGUGCUGCACCUCCUGCAUCCGGCCCCACACCAAGUUCACUGGGCCCAUCAUGGGCGCCGAGUUCAGCCGCAGCAAAUCCGACAAUUCCUCCCACCCCAACAAGGAGGAGGUGGAGUACUCCCCAAGGGAGACAACGGUGGCUUCCUUGGGGCAUGUCACCUCAUCUUCCUAAACAUCAGAAUGUGAGAGAGGAUGUGUGGCGUCAGUUUGAGUUUGUUCAGGAAACAGGUGUGAACUUCACCAGGCAGCGUCCUCACAAACCAAUCAGCUGAUCAGGACACACAGCACUUAUAGAAAAGAUCAAACUGGUUAAACUGGAACCAGUGAAUUUUCACAUGCUCCAAUCUGCAGCUCCACCUCAGUUCACCUGAACUCACCGGAACUCACCUGGUGAACAUGUAUAAUGAGGGUCCAGGUUCUGUUCAUGUUACUGAUCCUCAUAAAAGAGGAACCAGAUUUUGUACUGACCCCCUAAGAUCAGAUAGAACCUGUAGAACACAAAUAUCCACAAAUAUUUAAGAACAGAUUAAUUCAUGAAACCUUUUUUCCUCCACUUCCUGUAAAAAAAAACAACAACACAUCACAGAGGGCACGGGCAGAGAUCAGGAAUUUUCAUCUUAAAACAUGUUGAACAGAUUUAAACAUCAGUGAAGACAUGAAAACAGCUGACGAGAUGAUUUGAAUCUUCAGUAACAUGUUUCCUGUCCAAGUUUGUUCAGAAAGUUCAACUUAUGAUAAUUCAUAAUUCACUUGUUCAUUUCUAACAUUUAAACUGAGAGUCUAUGUCAUGUGACCACACACAAGUCAGACAUGACAUCCACGUGUUGUUUGAGUUCAAUCUGACGUCAGAGCUGAAUCUGAUUAGUGAUAUGUGAGAAUCACCUGUUUGUCAUGUGACUGUAAAAAAAUAACUGUUAGAAAAAGUUGCUGAAAAUGUUUUCCACUCGAUGUUUGUUGUCAUCUUUAGCGACGUCUGUGUAGUCGAUUAAUUUAUAUUUGAAAAAGAUUCAGUUUGUCAGGAAAAUGAAAAGACCUUUUUUCUCUUCAGGUUUGUUCAGUCGUGUCUCAGAACUACGGAAGCUCAUUUCUGUUAAAAUGUAUAAAACAAACCAAUACAUGUAGAAUAACAAAUAUGUGAUGAGAAAAUAAUUAAACUAAGAUCCAAGUGAAUUUUUUUUUGAAGUACAAAGUAAAAGCUCUGGAUCAAUAUUUCAAGGUCAUGUGACACGACUGAAAACUUCAAAAUUACCUUAUAAUCACUUAUACCUCAUAGAACCUCAUAGAACCUCAUAGAGAAAUUUCAUGUUUUAAGAAUCUGACCAUUUCAUCAUCUUAUUGAAUUCUGGCAGCAAUGAGCUUCUUAACAGAUCAAUGCUGUUACCAUGGUGACCACCUUGAUCAAUUAACCCAUUAAUGUUGUGUGUUUGUUGUGAAACUGUGUGAGUCUGUUAAUGUUAAUAAAGACAUAAAACCA